AUCACCUUCUCAUAUUAUAUCAAACGGUCCCAAACUCCGUACGUGUCAAGAGAUGGCCGACGUCAGAGACCGAGACCGCCCGCAGCCCCACCAGCUGCAGGUCCACCCCCAGCACGGCCGCUACGAGGGCGGCAUGAAAGGCACCUUGAUUGGCGACCGUGGCGGUGGCGGCCCGUCUGCCACCAAGGUGCUGGCGGUGAUGGCCUCCCUCCCCGUGGGCGGGUCCCUGCUGGCGCUCGCUGGGUUCACCCUGCUCAUGACCGUCGUGGGCCUCGCGAUCACCACCCCCCUGUUCAUCCUCUUCAGUCCGGUGCUUGUGCCUGCUGCUGUUGUCGUGGGCCUUGCAGUCACCGGGUUUCUGACCUCCGGGGCCUUUGGGCUCACUGCCUUGUCUUCCCUCUCAUGGGUUCUCAGGUAUAUAAGGCAAGCUCGGGGCACGUCUACGCUGAUGCAUGAUCCGCUGGACGCAACGAAGAGGCGCAUGCAGGAUAUGGCAGGCUAUGCUGGACAGAAGACCAAGGAAAUGGGCCAGCAGAUCCAAAGCAAGGCAGGGGCACAAGAAGGCAGGACAUAAGCGCCGGGCCGAGCCCAAAUAUGCCCUCGAUUGAGGGAGCCGAGUCAUGGCCGGCUCAGCAGGGUAAAGAAAUUCCGGUGGAGAUGGGAAUAAUAAUAACUACGGCAAUUCCUAGUCUUUUAGGGGAUACUUCUAGCUGUACUAUUUCUGUCUUUAAUUUAUGCGUCUUUGUUUUUCAUGUAAAGGGCUACCUAUGAAGUUUGGGUACAUUAGACUCUCUGUCUGUGGAAAGACUUUGAAAUAUGCAUGUGGUGUUGCUAAGUUCCAUUUUGGGAUCAGUCUGCCGUACAUGUCCUGAAAUGGGAUUUGCUGCGGCGCUUUUUUGCCAA